AUGUCUAGUGAAAAUUCCAUGAAUGCCAACAAGAACUUCAACAAAGAAGCCUCUCCACAAAGCAAAACAAAGAAACUAAAGAAAAAGCUAGGACCUCAGUGGACGAAAGAUGAGCUUGAGCGUUUCUAUGAAGCCUAUCAGAAGCAUGGCAGAGACUGGAAGAAGGUAGCUGCUUCGGUGGAGAACAACCGGUCUGUUGACAUGGUGGAAGCCCUUUUCAGUAUGAAUCAGCCGUAUUUGUCCCUGCCCGAGGCGUCUGUAGAUGGACUCGCUGCAAUAAUGACUGCUCAUUACAGCCUCUUCGAGGAGACCGAAAGUAAAGGAGAAGGCCAUGAUGCUUCUGGAUGGCUGGACUCUCUUCUUUGCAAAGAAAAACUUACGGGGUUUAUCCUCUGCAAGGACGAGACGAGCUACACUACAACCGAUUCGCUGAGAUAUAAACAUGUCAUGAUCAUGACCGAUCAAGAUGAAGAUGGUGUCCAUAUCAAGGGGCUUUUGAUCAAUUUCUUUCACCACAACUGGCCCCAAUUGUUAAAGCUCAAUCCCCCUUUUCUAAGUGAAUUUAGGACACCAAUUGUUAAGGUUAAGAAUAGAAAUGGAGUUGAAGCCAAGUCAUUUUACUCGAUGGCUGAGUACUCUGAAUGGAAAGAACAAGAGGCAGAUAAUUUAUCUAAAUGGGAGACAACACAUUACAAGGGGUUGGGAACACAUACCUCUGAGGAGGGCUGCGAAUACUUCAAACACAUUGAUAAUCACAAAAGGGUUUUUGUGUGCGACGACGAUAAAGACCACGGAGUAGCAAUAGAUGGUGCUUUUAAUGGGAAUAGUAAAUACCGAAAAGAAAUGCUUGAGAACUUUGAUCCUAACUCUCAUCAUCACGAGACUGAAGCAAGGCAAAUUACGUUCACAGAUUUCAUUGAAAAAGACCUUGCAUCAUUCUUCAUGGCUAAUAUGAAACGGUCAGUACCCUCAAUGCUUGAUGGUCUCAAACCCGGACAGAGAAAGAUACUUCAUUGCUUGCUUAAGAGGAGUUCCAACGAGGACAUCAAGGUCUCCCAAGUCUCUGCUCUUGUAUUGACGCACUGUGAUUAUUAUCACAGUGAAAAAGCCCUCAACAAUACAAUCAUCAAGAUGGCGCAGCAUCAUGUUGGUAGUAACAACUUGCCAUUGCUUCAAUCUCUUGGUCAAUUUGGUACACGGAUUGCGGGUGGACAAGAUGCUGCAGAUCCAAGAUACCUUCGCACUAAGCUUUCUCCAGAAACAAGGAUAUUGUUUCCCAAGGAGGACGAUAAGUAUGCUGAUGCACUCACUGGCAGCUUGAACGUUGAAGAUAGGAAGAAUACAGAGCCCACGCCGUAUUAUCCCAUUGUUCCUAUGGUACUAGUUAAUGGAUGCAGAGGGAUUGCAAGUGGUUGGAGUACCUUCAUCCCAAAUUAUAAACUCAAAGAUGUUAUCUCCAACGUAGAGCGUCUACUCAAUGAUGAGAGGACAGAGCCCAUGGAUCCAUGGUAUGAAGGGUUUGAAGGGACUAUUACGAAAGACGGGGAAAAUCGAUACAAAACUUUUGGUCGACUGGAGGAGUCUUCUGGUAACGCCGAAACCCGUCUCGUGACAGAGCUUCCGAUCGAAGUCUGGACGAAUAAUUAUGUUUCUUCCUUAGAUAAAGGAAAGGAAAAUCGUGGUAAAGUGUCUGCUUUUAUCGAGAACUACCUAGACAGAAGCAACGACACCACUGUGAGUAUUCAGAUUGAAUUGAAGAAAACAGAAAAGAAGAUGACUCCAGAAGAGGAGAAAGAAAUACUUGGACUCACAACAAUGUUAUCCACGGGCAAUAUGUAUUUGUUUGACGAAAAUGACAUGAUCAAGAAAUAUGAAAGCCCACAGGAAAUUAUUGAAGAUUUUUAUAAAUCAAGGCUUAAAGCCUAUAAUAAGAGAAAGAAACAUAUGCUGAUGGAGCUGGAAGAAGAGCUGAAAAAGCUCCAAUGCAGAGUUGCUUUUGUGACAGAUGUUAUGAAUGGAGAAUUCAAAUUUGACAUAAAGAGGAGUCGUGCCCAGCUUUAUGAGGAGGUGAAAGGAAAAUAUGAAGCAACCGGGAGGGGCUUAACAGAUUAUAGCUUCCUAUUGGAUCUGUCAUUUUUAAGCUGCAGCAAAGAAACUCUUCAGGACUUGCAAGACGCUAGGGAAAACGUAAACCGAAAAAUUAUAGAAGUUGAAACCUUAACUCCUAAAGCUAUCUGGAAAAGCGAACUCCAAAAGCUCAGAGAUGUAACCGAAAUUUCGAUGAGUUCUAAGUUGAAGAGGACAAGAUCGCCGGGAAGUACCAGCAGCGAGAAAGAGAGGAAAAGAUAG